CAGCAGAAUAACAAAGCAAAGCUGCAGACAGUUUAAGGAUUCUUAAAGUUAGUGGCCCUAACAUUCAGUACAGAAAUGGCACAGAAGGAUUUGUUCGAGUUAGAAAUCUGCAUCGAAAGUAAAUCUGAAUACAUGGAUUUUGAUGAGCCAGACUAUUCUGAGAUGACUUGCAGAUGUGCUUUGCAUGAAGGCGUCCAGAUUGAGAUAGAGGAGAAGCCUACUACCAUGGGGCAGUUGGUGAAAAUCAUCAUCGCCAUGCAGAAGUUUAAGACCCACCAUAAAGUUCAGUCUACAAUGUUCACCGAGCAUGAAGUGUUUAAUAUCUUCAUGGACAGUGUGGUUGAAGAGAGUGUGGCCAACGUGGUUUGUUGUGAUGCAUCAAAGACUUACAACAAGCAGGACAAUGUCAUGGAGUGUACGGUGUGUGACAAGCUCCAGAAGAGCUUGGUGAAGAGUACAAUUGCUCCAGUUCUUCAGGCUGUUACACUGAAGGGUGGAAACCUUCACAGAAGAGUAUUGUUCCACCUGUCAUCCUACACACCACCGAGGUGCUCUGACCUAAGAGGCCAGCCAGUUUGUUUGGGAAUUGCAAAAAGCAAGCUGUACCUCUCAUGCACAAAUGUGUCUGGAACCCCUACCCUCAGUAUUGAAGAAAUAAAUGACAAGGACACCCUGAAGACGAUCAGCGCAAACAACGACAUGGAUCGCGUCCUGUUUCUCAGGAGGGGCACAGGGAACUCCGUGAACACCUUUGAAUCAGUCAAGUAUCCUGGCUGGUUCAUUAGUACCUCCCAGGCAGAUCACGAAUGCGUGGACAUGUGCGUAGAGAAUGACGCUUCCCGCCUCAAGGUCUUCACGCUCUAUGAUAAGACAGUAGUGUUUGAUAAUUAGAUUUGAUCAGAAAACCAGUUAGUAGUAAAGUAUGUACUAAGUACAGUCUUAAAACCAGAAGCUUAAUAAUCUGUUAUUGGAAUUUUGUUAAUCUGAUUGUUAAUUGAUUUAUGCAUAUAUGCAAACAUAAUUAAUGUAUUUAUUUUUUUUACUUUUUCUACAUAAUUUAUUAUUUAUUGUAAAAUGUAUUUCUAUUUUGUUAGUAAUAUUGAAAUAAAGU